AUGAAAAUAAAUGAAAAAAACUUAUGUGCAUUUGCAGUUUCUGCGACACCCAUUGACAAAGAAGGUUACUUAAACAAGCGAGGUGAAGUUAACAAAAUUUUCCAAAGACGUUAUUUCGUGUUGAAGGGAAAUUUAUUAUUUUAUUUCGACAAAAAAGGUGAUAAAGAACCCGUCGGGGUUAUUAUAUUAGAAGGUUGCUCAAUAGAAUUAGCCGAAGAUGAUGCACAGUUUAGCUUUAAAAUCGAAUUCCACGGGCAAAAUAACAGGAGUUACAUUCUGGGCGCCGAGUCGCAGGAAUCCAUGGAACAAUGGAUGAAGGCACUUGCUUGUGCUGGAUACGAUUACAUGAAACUAAUGGUAGCGGAACUUCAACGACAAUUGGAUGAUAUAGAAGAAACGCCCAUUCAAGUUACGAAUUCGCAACCGGCCGGAUCUCCCGUUCCCCCGCCCAGGACCAGGCAUAACCCUUUCAAUAGACCGGAGAACAGCGCCCACCAGAGAUCUCACAGCUUAAGAGGUAGCAGCUCUACUACCUCGAGUAGGAUGAACGAAAUGAGAAAUUCUGAUAGCAAUAUUAACGCAGCAGCCGGGUCUGGAUCAGUGCCUAAAAUAACUAUCACCUUUAGGGAGUUGCAUAAUUCUUAUGGUAGACCUAUUCUGAAAGAUUACAAUUGCUGGAAAUACGAGCAUAAGGAUAACGAGAAUCUCAUUUCUUUUUAA